AUGGGGAAAGUUGAGAGUAGAGUUGUUACAACGAUUAAGGGUACUCGGGGGUAUUUAGCACCCGAGUGGCUCCUGGAGAACGGGAUUUCUGAGAAAAGUGAUGUUUAUAGCUAUGGAAUGGUGCUAUUGGAGAUGAUUGGAGGGAGGAGAAAUAUUACUUUAGCUGAAAAUGGAAAGAGUAUCAAUUCAAAGAGUAAGUUCAGCUACUUUCCUAAGAUUGUGAGUGAGAAAUUGGAGCAGGGGAAGAUCAUGGAAGUCCUGGACGAGAGGCUCGUCCAUGAGGCAGCUACAGGAGGUGUAGCUGUAGAAAUGCAAGUGAAAAGAUUGGCGUGUGUGGCUUUGUCUUGCAUCCAAGAACGGCCUAGUCUUAGGCCAACAAUGGCACGAGUCGUGGAAAUGUUGGAAGGUCGUGGGCCAGUAGAAGCGCCUAGACAAACGACAAUGUUGAUCCUCGAUCUAUUAGAUGAGGGUGUGGAUCAUCAUCCUGGGAUACCUAGGGUUGCUGCAACCAUGGCAAGAUCUAGUGAUACUAAUUCGCUUCGCUUUUACACAAUGUCUAUCCUCUCAGGGAGGUAG